GCCUCGCACCAAACCAAUCAGGAAGUAAACAAUCACCUGACAUUUUAGAGCACUCUUCCAACUCUUUGACAAUCACUUAGCGUGUUGUGAAUUUACCUGGAUCGUUUAAGCGGAUUUUACGCGUCGGUUUCAUUCAUCCUGUUAGGUGUCAUUGAUAUAAUCUGUGUUUAAUCUCGGUUUUACUCAAUGGCCAGUUCGUUUCCAGGAGUACCGGAGCUCUUGGCGGAUGCUCGCCGGUUGUAUGGGCAGGUGUUCGGGGGAGAGGCUCCUGAAGUGGCGGUGUGUGCUCCUGGGAGAGUCAACCUGAUAGGGGAGCACACCGACUACAACCAGGGAUUUGUGCUUCCAAUGGCGCUCCCCCUGGUGACCGUGGUGGUCGGGAGUCAAACCUCUGGUCAGGAUGUUACAGUAGUAACAGCUACUAAGGAUGCUGACGAACCUCACAGGGUUAACUUUAGCCUGCCCAGUGAUGGAUCAGCGCUGACUCCAGGGUUACCCAGCUGGGCUAACUAUGUGAAGGGUGUCAUACAACAUUAUAGAGCUUCUCCUCUCCCAGGUUUCAAAGCUGUGAUAGUCAGCAGCGUCCCCCUGGGAGGAGGUCUGUCCAGCUCGGCUUCCCUGGAGGUUGCUUUCUACACUUUCCUGCAGCAGCUCAAACCAGAUGAUGGAGAGAAGGUAGCCAAAGCAUUGGCCUGUCAGCAGGCAGAACACACUCAUGCUGGUGUGCCCUGCGGUAUCAUGGACCAGUUUGUGUCUGUUCUCGGCAGGGAGGGGCACGCUCUGCUUAUCGACUGCAGGUCUCUGGAGGCCACCCCUGUCCCCCUGGCAGAUCCAGGUCUGGUCAUUCUCAUCACUAACUCCAACGUGAAACACUCUCUGGCCAGCAGUGAGUACCCUGUGAGACGCCAGCAGUGUGAGAAGGCUGCCUCCAUCCUGGGGAAGGAUAGCCUCAGAGAUGCUACCAUGAAGAAUCUGGAGGAUGCAAAAGACAGACUGGACGAUGUGACGUAUCGAAGAGCUCGCCAUGUGAUCGAGGAGAUCGAGAGAACAGCCAGGGCUGCAGAAGCCCUGAAGAGAGGAGCCUACAAAGAGUUUGGAAAGCUGAUGGUGGAGAGCCACGACUCUCUGAGAGACCUGUACGAGGUGAGCUGCAGGGAGCUGGAUGAGCUGGUGUCUGUGGCCAUGGAGGUGGAGGGGGUGUUUGGCAGCCGGAUGACGGGUGGAGGAUUUGGUGGGUGUACUGUGACAUUGCUGAAGGCCCAGGCCAUCGACAGGACAAUACUCCACAUACAGGAGCGUUACAGUGGAAACCCGACUUUCUAUGUCACAACUCCUUCAGAGGGAGCUCGGGCUCUCAGUCUGUCCUGAUGUUUGUCUGCACAUAUCUGCUACAAGACCGCGACAGGUUCAUUCCUCUAAUCAGGCUUUUCUAUCUGAUUCUUUUAUAUUUUUUGCUACUAAAGGUACAUGUUUUCAUGCAGACUGGAUAUCAUUAAAAAGCUUUUUUAAUGAGUGAAGUGCCUUUACAGUAAAACUGUAUCGUCUGCAUAACUUGUAGCGACUGUUCGUAAAAUCAUGGUCUUCCUGUAUUUGGGAAACAGAGGUUAAAGUUCAAAUCAUGUUCAAAUGGCUUCCAUGUAAUAAAUCAAGUUGUUUAGAAAUUGUGACACUUUUUAUUAAACUUUUGACAACAUGACACAAGAA